AUUUUACACGUCUCUCCUGUGCUUUGCUCUGUUAUAGGAGGAUGCUACAGCUAAGCUGCCCACCAUGUCCUCGAUUGAGAAGGUCCUGGGACCCAUUUUUGGAGGCCGUUCAAAGGCCUUCAAAAUGAGGAAGCUGUCCUUCCCUCCCUCCAUUGGUAAGAAACAACACAUUUCCUGUGUGUGCAGGUGUGUGGAGGGUUGUUAUGCUAUGCUCAUCACAUCUUUGUUCUAUCUGUACAAACAAAUACAUGGAGGACUACACGGUGUUCGUCACGGUGCGGGGCGGCACCGUGAAAAUGGCCGAAAAUGCCAUUUCAAAGGCAUCCCGGGCCAAGGCCUUCGUCAAAUUUAUGAUGGUUGGCUGGACGGAGGUCAGGUACUGGACCUGGGAGUUCCUGGCGAACCUCCAGCUGAUAAAGUUAUACCCGGUUUUGCUAAAAAAGUUUGGGCUGGCCCCCUCCACCAUCUCCCUCUAUGUCGGCCACGCCCUGUGCUUCGUGGAGUAUUUCUUUGACACCCCCCCUCACCACUGCCGGCUGGCAAAGGGGAAACUCAAACAGGUCCAGAGGGAGUUGAAGAAGGUGCUGAGGAUGGCAGGUCGGACGGUCCUGGGUCGCCAGGUGGAGGUCAAGCAGCAGAAACAACAGCGACUGGUAAUCUGGGAAGCCCUGGCGACCUGCCAGUCCUUGGCCCGGGCCAAGAUCCCCGAGCUCCUGGACGACAUUGAGAAAGCCCCUCCCCGGGACCCCCCUACAAGGUACCGCUUCUUUGGCUACCUCGGGGCCUACAUCGCCUCCAUAUAUGGCCACAGGACCGGGGUCCUAACAUGUAUGCGGGUGAAGGAGGUCAAAGAGGCCCUGGGGUACCUCAUCAAUGUCAGGGACCACAAAACAUUACGGAAGUUUGGCCUGGCCCAAAUCUUUUUGGACGGAGAAGAGUACGGGUGGUGCAAACGGUGGCUGGAACUCAAGAAGAGAUCCAUAGCCACCAACCCGUAUUUCUUCUCCUCCUUUGGGAAGGGCCAAGCGAAGGACAUGGUGAGGUACGUCCGGAGGGCCUGGGGAGAGAUGGGACUGCCGGGGAGUCCAUCACUCCUCGACAUCAGGAGCGCUGUGGCCACCUACAAUUUCGAGAGCAACAAGAAGGAGGAGCGCGAGAAAGUGGCCACACAGGAGCGAUUCUAUGUGCUCCACAAAACGGUGGCCCUGGCUGGGAAAAUGCGCCAGCGCUUCAUUUUGUCGAGCCUGGAGGAGAAGGAGCUGGCAGCACCCCCGCCAUCACCCCCACCAGUAGGUGUCUCCAAGGAAGAGCGGCGGCGAAAGCAGCCUCACGCAGAUAACUGCCCGCCGUAUAAGGAAAAGGGUUUUCAGCCCAGCAAAAACCCAAGAAAGAAAAUUGAGAAUGAGGGCAAAGGUGGUCCUAUCAAAGUUGUAGUGUAA